GGCUACCAAACUAAAGUUCCGCUUAAAAUACUCAUCCUCAUCCGUGGCCAACUUUUUUUUCAAACCAAAAUGUACAUAAAAUACAGAGACCACAUCGCACGGAACUGAGGUGAGUGAGUGGCGUAGCGGGAAAGCCAUCGGAGGCGGUAUAUACGAGAAGGGGCAUGGCAGGUCAGGGCAGGGCAGCUAAUGGCGCUUCAAAAAAACUAACCCUCCGGCGCUCAAAAAGAGGAAAAAAAACGGAUCCGCGCUUUAAAAAUCCCCGGGGUUCGAACUUUGGAUCUGUCGACUCGAUUCACAUUUUAAUGGCGCUCCUCCGCAUCCAUCUCCUGCUCAUUGCCGUUUCUUUCGUUGCCACAGCAGAUGACAACAAUAAAAUGCACGCGGAAAUUUAUCGGAACUGCUCAGACGCAGAGUACAAUGAGGGAAGCCCAUACCAGAACAAUCUGAACACAUUUCUGGAGUCCGUGGCUUCAGAGGAGCGCGCAACGAGUAGUUUUUUCUACAAGCAGAGAGUCGGCCAACUGUACGGCGUGUUCCAGUGCAGAGGCGACGUUAGCGAGGAAGAGUGCCGCGACUGCAAACGCGUGGUCGCAAUGCGGGCAACGGUGCUCUGCGGGACCAGCGUCGGUGCGCGACUGCAGCUCCGCGGAUGUUUUCUGCGCUACGGUAAUUCCAAAUUCUUCUCUGCACCGGGUGAACAGCUGGUCUAUAAGGCCUGUAGUCCUGAGACUACCACAGACCCAGGGUUUUUCUCCAAGCGUGACAAUGUGCUGUCCGGGCUGGAGCAGGGCAGCUUUUCGGGCAACAAUUUUAGGGUCACUAGCUCCGGGGAUUCGAACGAGGGACCGCCAAUCUAUGGCUAUGCGCAGUGCGAGGGGGAUUUAUCGUGGCCUGAGUGUGCAGACUGUGUGCUCAACGCGGCAACGGAUUUGAAACGCAUUUGCCCGAAUUCUGUUUCGGGUCAAGUCUAUUUGCAGAAAUGUUAUGUCAGUUACACACAGGGGGACUCUCACUCACAUCAUGAUACGGAGGCCAAUCACGUGACUGCCAAGACGGUCGCCAUUGUCAUUGGGGGUGUUGCAGCUAUCAUCUUUACCUUCAUUUUCUUGAUGUUCUUGAAGUCCAUAUGCAAACAAGAUGAUUGAACGGAGUGGGGUUGGGGUUGGGGUGGACUGUACUAUAUAAGGGAGAAGGAACGGAUUAUUUUUCUCCGUUUGUCAGGGACGUUUUUUUUGCAGAGUAAAACUGGUGACCCACCUUUGAUUUGGAGAAAAAAAGGAGAAAAAUUUGCGUCCCCGACAGUUUCUUUUCAGUGUCCUGAAUGAUAAUAGGAUGGUGACAAGAUAUCCUGUUUGUAAUCCCAAUAUGGGUGUAUAGGAUAUUUGGUCUAAGUUAGAUGGGCAUAGCAUCCCAUGAAACGAAGGGAAUUUGUUAAUUAAUUGAUUAUUAUUAUUAUUAUUUAUAUGAUAUUGGAACAAGAUUCCAAUGGCAUUUCCUCGUGAA